AUGAACCUCCUGCAGUCAAAUAAUGGCAGUGAUGUGAGGGAUUCCAGGAAGAAGAUUUCUGAUACAGAACAACUUGUACCCCUUAGAAAACCAGAGUUUUUGGAGCUGCGUGCCAUACCGGGAGUCAUAGGAGAGAGUAGGUGUUUUGUGGGUAGGUGGGGAGCAGGUUAAAGAUGCUCUCGUUCCUGUUAUCCCAAUGGCCUUUUAGCGGCAUUACUCAUUUUGGGAAAGAGACACUCCAGUUACAUAAGCCAAUGCUACAGAGUCUGCCUACCAGCUUAAAUCAGCUCACAUCCUCUGUAUGUACCUGAACAUAAUUGCUUGGCGCUUUAAACUGCCAGAUCUGUUUCCUAUUGCUCACAGAUUUCACUGUUGAAAUCCAUCAACAGAUGACAAAUCAACCUGAGUAUCAUAAUAUCCAUGUUUACUACAUCCUGCUUCCAGGAAUACACGUCUCCAUGUAAAAACUCGCUGUGCGAAGAGGUCUUGAAGGUCUUGAACAGAGAUAUUACAAUGAACGUCGACUCGAGUGAUAGACUCAUCCUUUGUCCAUGCUCUUUGUGACCGGCAGAAGGCUGUCAAGAAUACAGUUUUGUUGUUGGCAUGGACCCAGUGAAAUCUCCUGUUCUUUUGAGUCUUGUCUCCGUCAUACCCUGUGGGAUCUGUGCCUCUCCUUGGGUUGACGUAACUUUGAAAAGCCUGCAAAGAUUAAAAAAAAAAAAAAGAGCUAGAUCUUUCAGUCUGUGUUCAGUAUAGUUCAGAAUCAGCUGCUUGCUUACUGGCUGAUUGAGCAUCACAUGGUUGCUUCCUUUUUUGCAGUAAUUGUGUGUUGUUGUGCAGUGUUUUUCUUGGAACUUGCAGGUACAACAUUAAGGGUAUUUGAUGAUUUCUGCUUUAAGAUGUCAACUUUGUUUUCAUUUCCUCUCCUGUCUCGAAUGCAUGAUGUUUGGCUGUUUUCUUAUGCGUUUAACCUCCGGGUCUUACGUGGUUAGCUACCAUUGAUGGGCAUCCAUUCAACUUUUUUAAGUAACCAUAAAAUGUGCAGUCAUUUGAUACCAGGAGUUGUGCCUUGAAUCACCUUAAAAGAAGCAAGUAGAUGUCCUUUUAAGUGAAAAACACUCAUUAGGGGCCCACUUCACACAAAUUGGUUUUAAUAUAAAACUGUGACUUUUGUUGCAUUGUGGUUUUUUAUUUACAUGAAGAUGAUAUUUUAGGCAACUGAAAAUGCAGACUUUUGAUAAAUAGGUUGUACAUUUCUUAAUAAUGCAAUAAUUGCUGUGAUUAGCCAUAAUAACAGUGAUUCAUAUCCCCUUUCACACCUGUGCAUUAUUCUCUCAGUAAAAUAGCCAUGUGGAUACUGUGGAUACUGUGGACAAUAGUGGAUGAUACCAAGCUGAGUUUGCUGCUUAGUACAGAGUUUAUUCUAUUCACCAGUUUGUUGAAGAAUCCUCUUAUCCCUUGAUGGUUUUUCAUCACUGAAUUGCAAAGUCAUAGCACCAACUAUUGGCUUGCUGCACACUCUCAGUUCAGUGUCUUUUGUAAUGUCAUGUGAAUGUGGGCUUAUCAAAAAAUGGAAUGGGAAGACUUCCAUUUUUAACGGGGCUGUUCUCCUGCAAACAAGGUCUGGACUAUAACGUCUUAUGUGAUCUGUGACAUGACUUUUGGAGGGAGAAUGAUCAUUAGUCGCUGUUUAUUGGAGUGUGUGUAGAUGUAGCCGUUGUUAACUUAGGUGACGCAGCUCAAGGAAGAACUUUUAUGGUCAUUUCUUUAUGGAAAUGCAAUCAGACCAAGACGAUAAGUCAGAAGAACUACCACAUCUGCAGUGCAAAAGGAUUAAAAUGGUGAUUAUUACUUUAAGGAAAUGAUAAAGUAAUGAUCACAAAUGUUCUUCCUUGAGCUGUGCCACCCCGCAGCAGUCCGUAAUGGACUUGCCCUAGGUCUCGCUACAAACAAGCGGCUGCUGGAAGAGAGUAGGUGAGUUGUGUUUAGUCUCUUUGCUAAAGAAUUUAAGCAAAGUUAAAACGAUGUUUGAUGGCUAGUACUUUGGUUGGGACCCUAUAUGUACUGUUGAUGAAGUUAGGUACUGUUCUGAGCAUUAUUUGUGGCUAUAGAGUGGCGUUUUGGUUGAGGUUUGUGUAUGGCUCCUCAGACCGCUGUGUAUUGCUAUCCUACGGUUGAAUUUGGUGUAACUAGAGAAGCAAGCGGUCGGCAACAUUCAUCUCUCGACGGGGUGUCUAACUCUGUGUUACAUUGUGUUUGACCCUAAAUUAUAUUUACACUGGAAUAUCCCUUUAAGAUUACAUUUCUUGUGAUUUGGUGCCAUAUGAAUAAAGAUUGAUUCACUGAUUGAUAGCUGACUCCAUCCACCACUGCAGUGACCAGUGUCCUGCUUUGUCCACCCUAGUUAGAAGUCUGGACACACCCUUUAAACUAGGAUGAUUCUGGAAGACCACAUUUCUCUACCCCUCUUUUUGUAACACUCUUUUCGAAAUAUCUCUGCGAUCAAAAGACAAGAAAAAUCAAUCAGUGCCUCUGAUGUAAAAGCAGCAAGCAGACGGAUCAAUUGGCACAUAUUGGCUCUUUUAAAGGAGAUCAGAUUGAGGUAAGGAUAACUUGUUUGAGAGUGAGAAGAAAGCCUGCUCUUGUUUUAAUGACAUUGUUUCACAGAAUGAUUGGUAAUAACUUCCGGACAGAGUUGGAGAUGUCGAAAAUCUUUGGACCCAGCUAUAGUGCCUGACAUCUGACGCGCAGCCACCAUUAUCCCCUUCUUCAUUCACUGUUUAAAGUCCUCAAAACGACCAUUCUCUCACAAAAAAGCUUUUGCUGCACUGCUGCGCGCACACGCACAAACCUCACAGUUGGACACAGUGGCGUGUCUCACUCACGCGCACACACACACCUCCCCUCCUCUCUGCAUCACAGCCCGCUGUUACCAUCACACGUCCACGUAAUACUCCGUGAACACGCUGACUUGUUGGAAAAACGCUCGAGUAUCUCAGAUCUGUUUGAUAGCGCUCACAGGCUGCACAAUCAGCGGAGGGGGAAAAAAGUGAAGCCAAGCCAAGAAGAAUUAAUCCGGUAUUAGGCGGAGGAUUGGAUUAUUGAUCAGCACCAGUUGACUUCAUUGAAGGUGAGUGAGCGCAGUUUGCGUAAUCUUUCGCUAACCGGUGUGAGGUUUUAAAGCUCUGCUGCCAAAACGUGAGAAGUGGAGAGUGUUGAGGAAUGUUCUCGGAUGUUGAAAUCUGAUGUCUUCUUACUCCUCUGACUCUUAAACGGAGGGCGCAUGAUGGAUUUCAAAAAGUUUGGCGGCACUGAAACAUAAACUGAAACGUGUCUCUGUGCGUUCUGCAACUGCAACAUGUUUGUGCCACCUGGAUGAAGCGUGCAUACUGUGGAUUUAAUACUGUGUGGCAGCCAGAACAGAGGUUUUACCUGUUAUGAUGUUAAAGUUGAGCCACAUUUGUACUAAUUACCAUCUGCUCAACAAGUUAAUUCACAGAAAGAGCUUAAAGAGUGGCUCAGGUUAACGUGAUGCUCUUUCAUGAUGCUCUUUCACUGCAGCACCUCCUGGGUCCACAUGUUCAGUAUCACACUGACAAAGACUCAAUCAUUAUUUGUCACCUGCAUGUCUCACAUCCGAAGACUUCAUGGUUGCUGUUAAUUGGUGCUGUAUAAGCCACCACUUCAUGCAAUGCAUGUCGACUCACUGAAGGGGUCUGUCUUCUGCUUGAUAAGAGAGCCAAACAGGUGUGUGUGUGUGUGUGUGCAUGUAUAUAUGUAUGUGUAUGCGUAUGGACUUUCACAGGCCUCUGCAUGGUUUCCAGCAGGACUAAACAAUUAUGGCUAAAGUGAUUAUCACAUGAGUUCACGAUUAUUAUAGGCAAUAUAUUUAUCAAAUUGACUAUUUUAUACAGUUUAUGUCUUAUUUAAAAGUAUAGAUAUAGAUUAUGUUUUUUUACAACCAGGGCUGGACCAAGACCAAAAUGUCUGCCCUGGCAAUUCUGGCCCCAAACACCUGUCCAAUUAUGUAUCAAUAGGCUUCAGACAGCAUUAAAGCCUUAUGUUAAAGGGAUAAUCCGGUGUAAAAUUAAUUUAGGGUCGAACACACAGUAACACUGAGUUAGACAUCCUCUCAAGAGAUGAAUGUUGCCGACCGCUUGCUUUUUAGUUAUACCGACUUAAGUAAGGAUAGCACAAUAGCAAUACACAGCGGUCUGAGGAGCCAUAAACAAACCUCAAUCAAAAUGCCACUCUGUAGCCACAAAUAAUGCUCAGAACAGCACCUAACUUCAUCAACUGUACACAUAGAGUCCCAGCCACAGCACUAGCCACCAAACAUCUUUUUAACUUUGCCUAAUUUCUUUAACAAAGAGACUAAACACAACUCACCUACUCUCUUCCAGCAGCCGCUUGUUUGUAGCGAGACCUCAGGCCAGUCUAUUAUGGACUACAGCGGGGUGAUGCAGCUCAAGGAAGAACAUUUAUGAUCAUUUCUUAAUCAUUUCCUUGAAGUAAUAAUCACCAUAUUAAUCAUUUUGCACUGCAGACGCGGUAGUUCCUCUUCCUUAGAGUUUAUCUUCUUUUUUGUCCAUAAAGAAAUGAUCAUAAAUGUUCUUCCUUGAGCUGUGAAACUCCGCUGCAGUCGGUGAUUGACUCGUCCAAGGUCUCCUUACAAACAAGCAGCUGCUGGAAGAGAGUAGGUGAGUUGUGUUUAGUCUCUUUGCUAAAGAAAUCAGGCAAAGCUGAAAAGAUGUUUGGUGUCUAGUACUAUGGCUAGGACUCUAUAUGUACUGUUGAUGAAGUUAGGUGCUGUUCUGAGCAUUAUUUGUGGCUAUAGAGUGGUGUUUUGGUUGAGAUUUGUUUAUGGCUCCUCAGACCACUUAUGGCUCUGCAGAAAGAUCAUAAUAUUCAAAAGCAAAUGAUCUGAACUCGCAUGAAUGCUAUCACAGAUGUAUCCUGUCAUACAGUCUUCUGGCCUUCACCUCUAAAACAAGGUUUAAGCUCAUGACCUUUUAUUUAGUAUAUAUCUCAUUGUGGACCUAUAGGUCACUCACUGUUGAGUUAGCUAAUAAAUGCUCUGAGAAUCAUAUUCUCGCUACAUCAUUCUUCUCCAUGUUCACUCUGCCCCUCUGCUUUACUAACACACACCAGAUCACCAGACACCAGAUGCCCUUUGUGGAGUUUUCUGCAGGUAGAGCAUGCAUUUUAAAGUCAAUAAAAGUAAUUUCAGCAUUUUAGAUAAGCACUCAGCACACUUAGAGGCCGUAAAAUAGAUAUUGCUAAUAUACAUUUAAACAGUCUGAUAUAAGAGGGAACUUUGUGUUGCUAUGUUGCACAGCCGGUUGCUUUGACGCAGGAACAAUAGACUUGUAUGGAGGUGCCAUGAGGAGGGCCCAUCUGCUGGAGCAUGCUUGAAGCAGAACACUCAGUAAGUGGUUUCAUACACUCAGAAUAAGACGAUUGGGUUAUCUUCAAAACUGUGAAAUUACAAGAAGUCAUAGAUUUACAUUCAAACUGUUGGAAAAAAACACACACGCACACACACACAUUGAAGAGGGCUCCUGAUGCUGCACUGCUUUUCAGACACCCAGCCUCACAUCGUCUCUCUUUAUUCAGGUGUCUAGUUUUCUCCUCCCUUUAGCCUUGAGGGCUCGUUCUGAUGAUUAGCUGCAGGUUCAUCAGUGAAUAGAGUGUUUAAAAGGCUUUUUUUCCCCAUAAAGCUGCGGCCCUCUGUUUAUGUAACAGGCUUCACACUGAAUUAAACGUGUUACCUGGAUCACGGUGUGCAUCACUGACAACUCAGCUGUUUGUUGUCAUGAGUGCCUGGGUUUUUUUUCUCCCAAAUAAAUGUUUUUUGUAAACAUAAUUAACAUGUUCUCAGCCACAUAUAGUACCAGUGGUGCUGGGUCGUUUUGAUGUCUAGGAGUACGUAUGAGCUACUCCCCACAGUCAGUACUGUGGUGCAUACAGUAGCACUUGGUGACCAUGGCAACAAAACAACAUCAGAGGAAAGUGGUCAGAUGAGCCAGUGAUGCCAGAAGACGAGAUGAAUGGUUGACUCUGAGCAUUGCAGAGCUCAGCACAAUGAAAGACUGAUUCAUGGCACAUCGACGUUUCCGUCCUCUGUGUGGACUCCGAUCAAACAUGCUUCUCCCUCCUCUGUUCAUGUGUGAUGUAAUGUUCGUGAAAAUUAGAAGUGUUACUGUGGUCUCUGCGUUCACAGCUUAGCAAGAACAACAUUUAGCCAUGAAUGAGGCAUUACAGACUUUCACAUUUGGCUCAAGCCUCAUCGGCACCAUCUGCCCUCUGUCACCCAGCCAUUCUCUCUGAAGAGGCUCGUCUGGGGCCAAAUCCACGGCUCCCCACGGCUCUGCUCCCGCUGCAUGACGUGACUUUGACAAAACGAUGAUAACAUGAUUAUAAAUUCACAAAUAUUAACCAAAUCACUUGUAUGCAGUUGUGUUAAUAAAACAGAGCAACUUAAAGAAUUGCUCAAUUUCUGCUCUCCAGCUUGCAUCCUAAUGCAGUCAUGUUAUUGUUCCCAGUGCCCCCAAACUGCAUUCAGAAGGUGCUUGAGAGUUCUCUGUUUUUAUUUCAUAAAUAUCCUCCCACACACAAGUAAACACAGACGCGCGCACACACACACACACACACACACACAUACUCACACCACACACACAGAUAGUUACAUAGUUCUCCUUGGACACAGACAAAGUAUGCUAGUAGGACCAACAACAAACUGUAUCGAGGCAACAGCAAACAAUAUCCAUAAAAAUAAGUCGCCACCUCAGGGAAAAUCUGUGUGCACUGUACAGUUUUUAUCUCAGUCUGUCAACACGACUCAGCUCACAUAUCAGAGACCCUUUUUUUAAGUUUAAAAGGAUUAUGUGAAGAAAACAUCUGAAGUUGAAGAUUUUUUUCUGACUUUACAACAACCUUACACCACAUUUUGGACAUAAUUGUCUCUCUUGUUCUAAAUAUAUACUUUUAAAGUGUGGUACUUAAAUCUCACACCUCUGUCAGGCAGGGGUGGAUCCAGGGGGUGGUGAGGGGUAGCUUUACCCUCCAUUUAAGACCCACUCUGAUGAAAAUAAUGUUUUUCUUGGUUUUUUUAUAUGUUCAUAUGGCAUUCAUAAUGAGAACACUAAAUGCGAAAUUGCUUUUCUGAGUAUCUCUUCAUUCAAAUCUCUGUGAAUCUCUGGCAGACCCAAACGGCAGGUUCAGAAACAGUGAGAUUUCAUGUAUAACCAAUCCAAGCUCCGCCCCUGGAGCCCCGCUAUGCAGGCCACACGCUGCAUUCAGAGGAGAAAUACAGGGGACGAUCGCGGAACAAGCGUGUGCAUUAGCCGAUUUCAAUGCUCUUAAGAAAGCUUAUUAUGAUAUUAACUUUAAUCAUGUCUCUAAAGACAUUAGUGUCCGAGAGCUGAAUCGCUCCUAUGUUACCUGCCACUUCUACUACACCGGCAAUGCUAGGCUGCAAUCUAACAUGAAGACAAGUGUGCAGAGCAGCGCUGUCUCCGCCCACGACUCAGAGGCAAAUUGAAGAAAAGCCCUUGACAUAGGUAAUGCAAUUUUUGGUAAAAACUUCAUAAUCACAAUUUAAAGACCACUGAAAACACUUUAAGUAGUAAAAAAAAAAAUGAUCCAAAUGGGACUUUAAAACAUGAUUAACCAACCCAAUACUUGGCUACUUACCUUGACAGAUUUAUUUUAAAGUUAGCCAUCUGGGCUGUGUCUCAAAAGACUGCUAAAAGCUGCUGUACUCGAAUUUCAACUUGGCACUUUUCCUUCGAUUAAAGCUCUACAUUUUGGUUUUGAAUCAAGCAGCGAUCUCUGAUGUUAAAAUAUACACCCAAUGGAGAAGUGCUACAAACUGCAGUUCCUUAAGCGUCCUCUUGAGGCCGGCUUACAAACCUUUGAAGUCCUAUUCACACGUAUUUUAAAAUGCCCAUUUUAAGAGCAGAAAUAAACACGUUCACAGCCUAGAAAAAACAAGAACAUAUUUAAUCGGAUUAGCCCAUUUUUUAAUUCAUACACACACUUGUGCUCGAAAGAUUCAUUUUUUUCAGUCAUUUUUAAAGGACACAAAUUUUGCAUAAAGGGGCAUAAUUAGGGUCAUUUCUGACUGGUCUGAUGGGAGCUGUUAGCUGGGAGGCAAGAGGCUCACUUCAGCUCCAUCUUUUUGCCUCUUUUGAUUUUAAAGCCUUUUUUCAAGCCUUUUUGAAAUUUUGGCUCAUUAAAAGAACAUGAAAUCCAGUGCCUCAUUUUCAAAACCAUUUCCUGAGAUAAGUCCAAAAAGAAAAUACAAAAAUGCUCUUGAAAAGUACCACCAUGCGGAUUUAUAUGCUCCAGACUCGGUUGGAGCUCCUGGAACCAUGAAUGACUGCAUCAGUGUGGCGUGGAUUAGGGGUGAUCGACCUGUGACCCUGCUGAGGUUUUUUAUAACGCCCAGGUGGUUUAAUGACGGCCUGGUUUGUAGUUUUGGGAUGGGUGUUUCUCAUCUUUCUCUGGACAAUAAUCCCACAGAUUCUCUAUGGGGUUUAGCCCAGGCUAGUCCAUUACUGUAGUUCCAAUAACAUUAUGGUCGACUAACCAUUUGUAAGGAGUUUUGGUGCUGUGGGCAGGUGAAAAGCAGGAAGGAGAGAUCUAGAUCUCCUUAAAGCUGGUCAGUGGAUAGAAUAAUGAAGUGUUAUAAAAAGCUGUGAUGACUUUGGACUUGAUGAAACAGUGAACAUGACACCUCAUAUCAUCACAGGCUGUGGAAACUGCACACUGGACUUAAUAAAACCUGUGAUUCUGUGCCCCUCACUCUUCCUCCAGCCUCUAGUUCCUUGAUUUCCAGAUGAAAUGCAAAAUUUACUUUCAUUUGAAAAGAGCAGCAGCAGUCCAGUUCAUUCUACUGAUCCCAGGUAUGACACUUCUGAUGUCGCCUUGGGUUCAGGAGUGUCUUGAUAUCAGGAGCGUGACAGCUGUGGCCUGACUCCAGCCACAGUCUAGUCCUUAUGAAGCUCUCUCAAGUUCCUAAAUCAACUUUUCUCAACAAUCUUUUUGAGGCUUCAGACAUCUGUGUUCCUUAUGCACCUUUUACCACCACGUGUUUUCCUUCAAGUCAACUUUCGACAGCUAUACUUCGAUAGUCCUCUGGCAAACCUUUUCAGCAUUGAAUCUCUUGAUUACCACCUUCGUUGAUGGUGUCACCGACCAUUUUCUGGACAACUGUUAAGUCAUAUUUCCUCUGAUUGUGGUUGCAAGUGCUGAACUAGACUUGGAAAUAUUGGAAAUAACUUAUUCUGUUUGGAUAAUUAUCUAAAAAAUGUUUUUUUCUAAUAUUUUGAGAUAUGUUUUUUGGUUUUUGAGCUGAAAUGAAGAAAGAAAAAUGCUUGAACAUUUUUUCCUUUUUUUGUAAUCAGUCAAGAUUAUAUAAAAAUUUUCACUUUGGUAAAUAAGUAACAGAAAAUAUUAAACUCUUUUUACAAAAAAUUAUUGAGACACACAUGCUCGAGCUGUUUUAUUGUCCAUUCCUGAGAAGUCUAUUAAAAGCAGAAUUUAACACAACAAACAAUCUGAAUGGAAAAUGUUUUUGCUUUUAACUUCCUUAUGCAGCUGUUAGAUAAAUACAAAUAACGUUUUAGUCAAAUACAACAGCUCUUUCUUUGUCAUUUCAUUUCCCCCAGGGUCUUAUUAGAUAAUUUUGCCCUGCGACAGACUAAAACUGAGGCAGCAUUUACAUUCCCAUUAAUGAAGAACACUUCAUUCAGAUCUUUCAACAGACAACGAUAAAAGAAUCCUGAUUCAGCAAAAGUCAAGAGCCUUCUAUCUUCUUUUUUUCUUCUUCUGGUGAAGGAGAACAUUUUUUUUUAUCUUGCUUUGAAAAGGGAGAAAAACAAGCGCACGCCAAAUUCAGUCUGACUUAUCAAACCGGCUGCUGAGUGUUUGGUGCACUGUGGCUCUGUGAGUCAAUCUUUGAGAACAGGUGUAGGGAUCUAUGAUUCAUUUUGCAGUAUAAAGAAUGUAUUAAACGGUCUCACCCCAGCCUCGCCCCUUCACUCUGCUCUCCAUGCAAGAUAAUAGUUGUGCUGUUUGUUUUAGUGAGGCAUCAGAGGCCACCAAAGUGUCCCAAAGAGGGCCAUUCAAGAUACAAAGAAGCAAUGUUAUAUUGAUACCAUAAUCAAGUGUGACUACGAUUCUGAUCUCGUAACGAAAAAAGCACAGUGUAAAAAAUGCUGCAGAAGACAUCACAUAUGUCAGACAGGAGAGGAAGAACAGUAUCAUAUGUGAUCUGUGUGCGUCUUUGUGUAUUCUUGUGCAUAAUGCCACAGAAUUGAGGCACCCAUUGUGAAAUAAUUCUCCCACCCAGGCAGCACAGUUGUGUGAAUCAAUGUGAGAGCCAGAAAACAGUAAUGUGCAGUCUGGGUAUUGUAAUUGCAAGGAUUUGUGCAGAGGAUAUGAUCAUCCUGCAAAUAGUCUUCAUACAGUAGACUAAUGGUUUACUGACAGCCCUCCUCUUUAGCACAUAGAGGAAUACUGUGACUGUGGUGGUUAAAGAAGAAACGUGCUCUGUAUGACACCAGCUCCUCUUGUUCACCUUUAGUAGAAAUGCUCAUUAACUUGUGCACACUUCUGGAAACAGUUUGAAAUGCAAAUCAUUGUCUGAUAUGAACUCGGACAACCAGCAGCUUAAUGAAAUUUAGCCAGCUCAAAUACAUUUGAGAUAAUACCAUGUUUUCGGUGCUAGGAACGAAGGAUGACACAACCCAAUCCUUCAUGUAACUUAAAGGUUUAUUCAUUGUUUAUGUACAGCUGCUUUGAUUUUUUUUCUUUCAAUGAUAGUUGUUAAAAAUCAUCAGAAAUUUAUUUAAUUGGAUAAACCGCUUGAGAGGAAUCAUCUCAUUAUCGAGGGGGUCCUAAAAUACAUUACAAACAAACAAAAAAAAAAAAGACAUUCAACAAUCUACAAACAUAAAGACAACAGACAACAACACACAAAAAAUAACAACACUAAAAAAUAAAAAAUAAUAACAAAAAAUAAAUAAAAAACACUAGAAAAAUGAGCACAACCUCUUGAUUGCCAAAAAAGGCUAUCGCAGUGGCCUAGUAAAACUAAGAGAAAUGUAUAAUAGUAACGUAAUAAUCAAAUCAAAAUUACAGUGUGUUACAGAUAAUAUUGUUAUGCGUACUGUUACUGAAACAUGUGCAGUUUAACUCAAAAUAAGAAGACAGGGCAUAACAUUUUUAGUUUAGAACUAAGCAACGAUGAAAAGUGAAGCCAAACUGCAGUUCCUUGAGUGUCCACUUGAGGCUCGCUGCAAAUGUGAGGGAACCCCAUUGGGUCCAAUGUUAAACAUAAUAUAGCAGAAUUAAAUAUGUUCAUAGUCGGUUCAAAACCAGGUUUGGGUAUCAUGUAUCUAUUUGUACACACUGCACAGGGUCGGAAAUAUUGUAAAACUCAUUUGUCAGGGUCCGAUUAAGGCAAGAGUUAAACUGAAAUUAGCAUGAUUAGAGGUACGGCUGAGAUUCCCUCAACUCCACUUCUUUGCCUGUUUUUAAGCUGAUCAUUGUUGGUGUUCAAACGAUUCAACAGGUGACUUCACAGAGACCAUGUCCAAAAUUUAUUUAGUUUAUGUGUAACGCCUACAUCUAGCUACAAUUCUGAUCUAGUUUAAAACCUAAAAGUGUUCCUGUAAUGAUCCCUAGCCUCUACCCUUAUAUAUAAAAAUAAUGUAAGUUCUGUUUCACAGAGUUUGGUAUAGUGUAGCAGCCUUUAAAGAAUUUCAUAAAUACUGUCUGCAGCAAAAUACCUUCUACAAACAGCUAGAAUGAAUUGUCUUCCACUUUGGGGUCUCUUUUUCCAGCAAUAGCAAAAAAUUGUAUAACUGCAUUGCAGCUCUGUAUAUAUCAGGCCUGACUAAGUAGUUUAGAUAACAUCAGAGGCCUGAUAAGAGAUCUUAUUUUAACUGGGACGAGCACCACUUACUGGCACAAGUAUUACUGUUUAUGUACCUCAGUGAAGAGGUGGACAGAGUUGCACUGCAGGUAUUUCAGGCAGUAGUUUAUAGAAAGUAUACAUCUUGUUGGGCUUGUGUAAUUUAUCCAGCAGAGGAUUAUUUAACAGUACUUUUGGGGGACAUACCUGUCCUUAAGAGCCAAAGUUGCAUAAGAAAGUUGAGCUCAGAGUUGUUGUUUGAUAGACUGGGACCACUUUAAAGAUAAGAUACCAAUUUUCAACCAUUUCUCACAGGCCCAUAAAAGAGUUUAUGCUCAUAAUCAACCCAUGUAAGUGAACAUUUUUUAAAAAGAUGAAAGAUCAUGACUGCUGUGUUGACUCACAGUUGCAAGGACUUGUUUGAUAUUAAGGUGACAUGUUGACUUAUUUCGUGCUGAGAGGUCGUGUAAUCUGUCCGUGUGAGAAUAUAAAAUGAAGCGAUAAACCUUCAGCACUGUAGCAUUCAUACUUUUAUUCUCUGUUAAUGUGUAGGACUGCAUCCAAGUGAAUCAAAAAUUUCAUGAAUAUUUUUUCUCCCUGCUGUGCGCGGAUCAAAAACUGAAAAGCUCCAUUUAAUCAGUUUCAAUAAACGAGGAACAUCACUGGAAACAGAAUCUUUUUAGUCAUAAUAAACAAGCAAUUUACAUAAGGUUACACUUCAUAUUUCAGCUCUUUGGCUGAGCCUGGAUCACAGUGUAAUGAGUCCCCUUGUGGACUCCUCUCCGCUGUAGACAAAGUCUUUGUCUUUACUCAUAAUAUCACACAAAUGUGAAUCCUCUGCAGGAGACAUUCUGUUCUGUUUCUUCACAGUAAUGAACAAUAAUCAAGGACAUCAAUUUAUUGUCUUCCUUGUGUGUGUGUGUGUGUGUGUGUGUGUGUGUGUGUGUGUGUGUGUGUGUGUGUGUGUGUGUGUGUGUGUGUGUGUGCACUUAUACCCCUGCUUUUCUUCUACUAUAACUGAUAUGACUGGAUGCUAAAGCAGGCAGGAAUCUGUGGCUCUGAUAGGGUCUCGACUGAGGCUCCAGACAGCACCUCAGUCAGAUUUUCUCUACUCCCACUCUCCUGUGCUGGCUGCCUUCUCUACUCGAAGGCCUGCCAACAAACCGGCUCUGUUUUCCACACUACCAACCCAAUUCACCAGCUGCUUGUAGUGAACAUGUAUAGUAUUUUGCUGUGUGGCUGCAGCAAUCCAGGUCAUUUAAAGUUAUAUGUAGUUAUGUAAUAAUUUGAUCCCACUCCACACAUACUUGUUUUAUAGUGACUUUUGAAAAUGGAUGUCAGACAGUUAACUCCAACAAAGAUUCAUCUUGCUUUGUCUGAUAAAAAACAAUAUUAAUAAUCCAAGGUUAGUUGGAUUAGCCUAUGUCCAUGGUAGCUGUCCAGUUAUUUAUUUGUUGAGGCUGUGAAACUGGCAUACAAAAGUGUUAAAUUGCUUCAUGUGGGUGAACUUCAUUUAUUUAGUCUUUUUGCUGUCUGUAGUUAAAAAUGUUGUGUUUAAGGCACCGAUUUAUCCAGACUGUAGUGACUGCUUUCCUUCAACAAAAAGGCCGCUGGGGUUUAGGUGCACUUGCAUCGGUAACUUGUUCAAUUAUCAGUCCGCCUCUGCCAGCAAAGCUUAUGGGGCUGUGGACAAACUUUAGAAAUUAAUUUCACAGAACAUACAUUUUUCUCCCCCCUGCUUGCAGUUUCGACAUGCAGUUACAGUAAGACUGGUUUGUGCUCGAGUCCUCUUUUUUCUGUGCAGCUCUGUUUCUAAAAGUUAUUAGGGGGUUCAUGUUUUUUAUGAUUGACACUUGAUACAGCCUAUGGGUGUACGAAGAUUGCAUAGCUCACCCGGGGGAUAUGCUGUUUGAGCCGAGCGUCAUCACAGCGACUAUCGACGACUCUCCCGCCGAAUGCGUACAACGCUACUGCACAAUGUUGGUUUAAGGAAGUGGAGAAAAACCACAGAAAUACCGAGAGCUUUUUGGCUUCAAAUCCGUACACAGGCAGAAGGCGGAACCAAGUUGUCCAUAAUUUAUACAGUCUAUGGUGCCACCACUAAAAUCUUUACCUUUUUGGAGGCGAGACUUAUCACUAAAAUCAGCUGUUUUGGCCGCAUCACAACAGGCUGCCUCUAACUUUCUUUUAAUUCGGGCGAGGCCUCUAUUUUAAAACCAUUUAGAAAUAUCUUAAAAGAUUAAUAUGUUGCCACUCUGCAGUGAUACUUUUUAAGGAGAUAGAGAUAAAAGUCAGCUUUAAAAAAGGGUGAAUAAAUAUUACAUGCACAUCAAGUCAGCACCCAAGUUGGGCCACCCAGUCAGAAAAGUCAGAAUACUUCUUUGAUACCUCCCUGCAUCCAUGAAUCCUAUUUCAUCCACGAACACAGAGCAGAUCUUAGAUUUUACUUUGACUCGAUUUCACUGCAUCUGAAAUGUCACACACUGUAAGAAAACUUAACUCCAGGAUAGUCGUUUUUACCACUAAGAUCUCUAAAACUCAGAGUUUUUCUUACAAAACAGCCAAAUUCCUUGUAAUAUUAAGAAUAAGAAUAACUUUAUUUAUCCCCACAGUGAAGGUCAGUAAGGUUGUUGUAAAAUUUGUUGUGUCAUCACACUUAAAUAUUGAGUAGACACAAGAGAUUAUGUUAUUGGAAAAUCAAAUUUUGUGUUGUUUUGCUCGUGGGGUAAUGUGAAAUAAUUGGCCCUCCACAAGCUCGACAACACUUGCCGACUCUGAUUUAUGGUUGAAAAGGUUUCAAAGAGAUAAAACUCUCAUACAUUUAAACUGCUCCCUGUUCUGUUUAUGUGUGCGAUGAUUUACUGCAUAUAUUUUGUUUAAAGAGUCAUCACUGAGCAGUUAUUUCAUCCAUAACUGUUGUUGUCAUUAAUAAAACAGUUUAUCACCACGAUAAAUUUAAAGAGUCCAUUUCAGGUGUCCAUCUGUGCUCCACCUCACUUUCUCUGUUAGAAUAACUCAGUGAUUAAGAGUCUUGUUGUAUAUUGUUGGCAGGUUGUGUUGUGGCAGGACUGUCCCUGGCUAAAGGGCACGAGCUGCCAUGCCAUUUGGCUGUUUGACACUCGGAGAGAAGAAGGAUUACAACAAUCCCUCAGAGAUCACUGACAAAUAUGACCUCGGACAGAUCGUCAAAUCGUAAGUUAAUCUAUAUUGUACAUGAACCUCACGAAGUUCUGCAGUAAAUGUGCUGAAAGUAUGAAGCAUGUCACUUCCUGUGUGUUUUUUACAGAGAGGAGUUUUGCGAGAUAUUCCGGGCAAAGGAUAGGAACACCUUGAAAAUGUACACCUGUAAAAAGUUCCACAAAAAGGACGGGAGGAAAGUGAGGAAAGCUGCCAAGAAUGAGAUAAUGAUCCUCAAGAUGUAAGUGCAGUUUUGAGCUUCUCAUUAUAGAGCGUACAUGUUAGAGAAAGAGAGACGGAGUCGCAACACAAAUGAGCUGCACACAUCUAACAGCAGGUUGAACUAAAGACCUCAGAGAUUUGCUUUGCCAAGUCUUUCAGAAUGACAUCCUAGAACUUAAUGAGUUUUAAGCAUCAUAUACGACACAGAGCAGUUCUGGUUUAACAAUGCAAGUUUUACCGUAUGAUUAAACCGUGUUUGUAUAUCUGAAAUAUGAUCGGUUUAAAACUCAAGGAAGGGUUAGAACUUGAGGAAAAAGUUUUUCGGAAAUCCAACAUGUUUCUUAUUGCCUGGUGCCCCAGACAGGGUUAAAGACCCACUCAGAGGAAAAUCAUUUUUCUUGCUGUCUACAUGUUCAUAUGGCAUUUACCUGAUACUAGAGGACAUAUCAUGAAUAAAAUAGGUGAGAAAUUGCAUUUCUGAGUAUUUCUGCAUUCAAAUCGCUGUGAAUCUGUGGCAGACCCAAACUGCAGGAUCAGAUCACAAAAUACAGUCUAUGAAUCAGAUUCAGUGAGAUUUCCUAUGUAACCAAUCCAGGCUCCGCCCCCGGAGCCCCGCUAUGCAGGUUAGGCUCGGAGAAAUAGAGAAGUGUCUGCGUUAACGGAUUGAAAUUCUCGUAAGAAAGCUAAUUAUUCAACUUUCUUCAUGUCCCUAAAGACAUUAGUGUCCGUUAGCUGAAUAGCUCCUAUGUUACUUGUUACUUCUACUACACCGGUUAUGUUAGGCUGCAAGCUAACUCAAGGAGAAGUGCGCAGAGUAGCGCUGUCUCUGCCCACGACUCAGAAGCAAAUUGCUAUUAGAGCUCUGCAGAAAAAAAGCCCUUGAAAACAACACAGGUAAUGUGAUUUUGGCUGAAGACUUCAUAAUCACAGAUUAAAGACCACUGAGAACACUUGAAGUAGUGAAAAAAAAACUAUUGGAGUGGGACUUUAAAAAGCCAAGGGGACAAACCAAUACAUUUUUGGCCAGGGUCCUUUCAUUUGAUCUGUGGACAAGACUAAAAACAUCAAUUCACCCAGCCUUAACUAAAGUGAAACAUAUUGCCAAAUUCUGGAAAAGGGUACCAGCAUGUUGUUGGAGUCAGUAGUUGCUGCAGUCACUCCUUCUUUUUCACCAAGAAUGAUAAAAGUAAACAGGUCUGCUCUCUAGUGAAAUCAUCUUACAAAUCAACAUGCAAACCAAGUAAGCUGAAGAGUAAUUGAGGGCAGUGAUCAUUAGGCAUCAAAAAGGCGACAUAAAAAUGCGUACCUUCAAUUUCCCACUUGUGUAUGCAGGCUGGCUGUGACAUUUUAAUACUGGCUCUCUGCGGAGAUUUGAGGAAAUGUCUGGUACAGUUAUUUGUUUUCAGUUUACCUAAAUCAACCCCAAGCUUUGGCACGUAGCUGUGUUGCUUGUUCUUUUUCACCGACUCCAUAUCUUGCUUAUUUUAACCCCACUUACAUCCCACCAUUUUCUUCCCAUCCUCUUCAACCUUUUUCCUGCUUCUCAAAGGCUGAAACAUCACAACAUCCUCCAGCUGGUUGACGCUUUUGAAACCAAGAAGGAGUACUUCCUCUUUCUGGAGCUGUGAGUAUUAUUGGCAGCACUUGAGGGGAAUUUUUGUGCAGACUGGAGUGCACAGGGCUGCCUCGACUAGUACAAGACUGAGGUUUACUCCAAAAAUGUGCAUUUAUUUUUUGCAUCCUUCAACAAGUGAUACGCGUUUACUGUGAAUGUCCUGUGUCUUCAGUGCUACAGGCAGAGAGGUGUUUGACUGGAUCUUAGAUCAAGGAUAUUACUCUGAGAGGGACACCAGCAACGUGAUGAGGCAGGUGCUGGAGGCUGUAGCUUACCUGCACUCUCUGAAAAUUGUCCACAGAAAUCUUAAGGUAUAUACCUCUGCUGACACCUAGUGAGAAUUAACAGCAUACCACUGUAAACCAAUAUAACUGCUCCUCAGGAAUGCUUUUCACAUCAGACUCUCUUUGUUUACUCCCUUAGCUGGAGAACUUGGUCUACUUUAACCGUUUGAAGCACUCCAAAAUUGUCAUCAGUGACUUCCAGCUGGCUAAGCUGGAGAAUGGACUCAUUAAGGAUCCAUGUGGGACUCCAGAAUACCUGGGUAAAACAAAAAACAGACUGAACAGAAUAAAAGGUUGAACUAAAUGACUAAAUUAAAAGAGUUUGUACCUGCAUGAUUGUGCUUUCAGCUCCAGAGAUGGUUGGGAGGCAGAGAUAUGGUCGACCUGUGGACUGUUGGGCCAUCGGUGUCAUCAUGUAUAUACUGUAAGGGCCCACAGUGUGAAAAGCAUAAUCAUGUGAUUUGAGUGCAGUAUACCAAUAAGUGUGCUCUGCUAACUCUACAGUUUGUCUGGAAAUCCUCCUUUCUAUGAUGACUCUGAUGAAGAGGAUCCUGACAACCGGGACAAGAACCUUUUCCUCAAGAUUCUGUCUGGGGACUAUGAGUUUGAUUCACCCUACUGGGAUGACAUUUCAGAAUCUGGUAAGAGGUUAUUCUGUUAUUAAAAUGGGCAACAAUAAAGGCACAAGAUAUCUAUCGUGUAACCUAUAAAGCUGAGAAUUUCACAUUAUUACUUCCUUCCUUUUUCAGCUAAGAACUUAGUGGCGUCAUUGAUGGAAGUGGACCAAGAUCAGAGACUGACUGCGCAGGAAGCCAUCGCCCAUGAAUGGUAAAAAGGAAAUAAGAUAUGAAAGGUCAAACAAACAAUACUUUAAUAUAUAUUGAAGAAAAUUAAACCUUUGUUGUUGUUUUUUUUCCUGUAGGAUUUCUGGAAAUGCUGCCUCAGACAAGAACAUUAAGGAUGGUGUUUGUGCACAGAUAGAGAAGAACUUUGCAAAAGCGAAGUGGAAGGUAAAGUUUUCCUCUUAAUCUCAAUUUUUUUGCAGAUAUAUCAAUAGUUCCAGUAAUGUCUUGUGUUCAUAAUGGUGAGCUACAGUAAAUUUGAAAGUAGACUGGAUUGUAUGCCCUUAUUUAAUAUAUUUUUUAUUGAAGUUGUAACAAACCAACAUUUGAGGCUAAUAAUGUAUUCACUAUUGUUAACACCAAUAGCGACUCUAAUUAUUAGGGGUGGGAGAAAAAAUCGAUCCACAUAAGUAACGCCAUUUUUUGUUUUACAAUAUUUAUAUCAAUUUUUGUGUUCAAAAAUCGAUUUUUUUUUUUCAAAUUUAAGAAUAAAUCUUAAAAACUGACUUACCUGUGAUGUGUAUUUUUUUGGGGAAAUAUGGCUCCUGGAACAGUCAGUAGACAAUCAUAAUCAUUCAUCUGUUUCACUGGUGUUAACAGUACAAACUAUAGAUUGAAAAAAUCGACAACAUUGUAGAAUCACAAUUUAAAUCGAAUCACAAUCCAAAAAAAUCAUAGAAAAAUCAAAUCGGGAGAAAAGCAUAUCAUCCCAGCCAUACUAAUAUGUAAAGACACUUUGCUUCAAUUUGAAUUCAUGCAUUUAACUUUAACUUUUUCAGUCAGUUAUAUUAUGAAGAUGAUUUUCUCUUUUUCUCUGGAAAAACCAACAAAUUUAUAUUCAAGAGGUGAUGGGAUUAAUAGUUUUGUUUGUAAUUUCUCAAAGAUGAGCCACUACAAGAGUAGAGGUUGUUCUUACUGCUCCAUAUUUUCCAUUCAAGUAUCAAUGCAUAUCCUUGAAAGUAUUUCUGUAGAAAAUCCAGAUUCAUUUAAAUCCCUCCUUGUUUUUCUAUCACUAACAGAAAGCUGUCAGAGUGACCACCCUCAUGAAGAGACUCCGGGCUUCAGAGCAGGGAGACUCUGCCGCUGCGGGUGCUGCAGCUGACCCCAACACACCCGCCGGUGCUGCUGCUCCACCACCUGGCGGCAGCGGUAGUUUUGCUGCCGCAUUAAAGGCUGCCAGCUUAAAGGCUGCUCUGAGUGAAAAAGCUCCUGACACACAGACUGCAACAAACCCUGCGCCCCCCCAACCCGUCCCAGCCCGUCAGGAGGAGCAGCCACAGGCACGCUGCAACGGAGAUGUUCCCCAAAUGUUGCCACAAAGCCAGGGAGACUAG